UGUUGUGAUAAACUUAUUAAAUAGAUUGAGAAAUGGAUUUGACUAAGUUUUCGAACCUGCCCGGCAUCGACACGUACAAUGCAGAUGUGUAUGAGUCAUCUGAGAUGCCAGAAGCGGAUCAGGCUGAUAUGAUGUUCAAACCAGGUGUGGACAACAGCGAAUGUGUCGAGAGAAUCAAUAUAUCCUUCUCAGACGCGCAGAACCAAUUCGCGCACAGCGAUGACUCCAAAGAUAGAAAAGACGACAUCUUCAAAAAUAGACAUUUCUCUUUUGGCUACUUUCCACGUUCGGAGUAUGAAAUUAUCUGCGAGAGAAGCCUAGAAACGCCUUCUCAGAAAUUUGACCGUCUGAAAACGGAGUUCACUGAGUUCAUAUCGAUGCUUGAUAAAAUGACGUCAGAUGAUGCUAGUGAGAAACAUCCAGCGAAUGCUGUCGAAAUGCGAGAAAGCGCCAAGAUGCUUUUGGAACAGUUACAAGAAGUUCAACUGGAUAAAAUAACUAAGUGUGAGGAAGCCGUAUUAGACCCAGAGGGAAGCAUUGCAAAGAAACUUACUAAUGAGAUCACAAAGUUGACGACUAAGUCAGAUUCCUCCGCAGGUUCGGAUCCGACCACAGGCGGAGACUCUGGUAAAGCAAAGUAUGAGUUGUAUGUGCCGAGUAGUAGCAGUACCAAAUCUAGCACCCUUGUUGAGCUGGAGAACCGAGUGGCGUCGCUGGAGAAAUCAAUUGGAUCUGCCUCUGGAGCAUCAAUAGCUUCUCUGGGCUCGGAGCCGAAUCUAGUCUCGGCUGUGGAGAAGCUGGAGGAGAAGGUGAAUCUGUUGGACAAACAGAGUCUGGACAUGAUUGAAUUCAGACUGCAAUCUUUGCUGGACAAACUAAAGGAGGUGAAGUCAAAACCAGUGCCUUCAGAGAAAUUGACUAAAGUAGCAGAGAUGCUGGAAGUAGCCCAAAAGUGGGAUGCAGUUGCAGACAGUCUGCCUCUGAUUGUAGACAGAUUGGCCGCACUUGACCCCUUGCAUCAACAAACACUGCAGUUUAGCCAAGCACUGAACACUAUCGAUACUCUGCAACAACAAAUCAACACUUCGAAUAAAAGUAACACUACGUCUUUGGAGACACUGAAAGUGAAUAUGGGUCAGAAUAUGCAGAAUAUUCAGUCUAAUAUUGCAUCAUUGGAAAAGAGAAUUGAAAAUUUGAAAAGUGAAUCUACUUAAAAAAUGGUUUAUAUCAACAUUCGGAUGAAGCUGCGUGUGAACCAAUAGAUGUCUGAUUGGCAUAGGCAGAUUAAUUGAAUUCGCAAAUAGUUUUCUUAAUAUAGUUGGAUUUCGGGCGAGAUAUUUUGUUUAUAUUUAUUAUAAUUCAGGUAAUGAGUUUCUAAUUCAAUUGAUUAAAUGAA